CUUAAGCGUUCAGAACAAGCGGGCAGGCGGGCGCGUUGGCUACAAUAAUAUAAGAGAGGUCGGCGUUCCUAAUUGGGAUUGGACCUCUCAUGCCGAACCGUGACUUCUCCAAGUUGAUGAUUAAUGGUCGCGCCUUCUUGUUGGGGAGGUGGAAUCUAAAAUCACUUCUCGCGUCUUCUUGCUGGGGAGGUGGAAUCCAAAAUCACUUCCCUCCUUGGGCUCGAGAAAUUCCUUCUUUGACUUGGCUUUGUUCUCUUCGAUUUGAUGAGCAAUUAUUAAGUUGAGGACAGGGUCCAGUUGUCAUUAGACACGGCACGGGAAAUUGGGAAGUGGGUAAGGAUGGCAGCGUGCAUGGAGAAAGGUUGCCAUCUUGGAAAGGGCCCUUAUAAAUACGAACGCCUCUCGGCUCCAGGAGAGUCGCCGAGUCUCAUGGACGCUGCUCCCGGUCUCGUUCUCUCGCGUUCUUGCCGGAGUCCCCAUUCAUCUCGCCCCGGUUCUUGCUCGCCCAUGACGCUCGAGACCCAAUUCAAAUUCGAUUCUAGGAUUUUCCUCCUCUUUUAUUAGAGACUGACUUAGCUACAUUAAUAAAUAAAAAACAAGAGGCUCAAGCUCAUAUACAGGGCCAGCUCUAGGAUUUUGCCGUAUAAAGCAAGCAAACCUAGAGCCAAAACACAAGCAAAAAGGCCAGACAAUUUUGUGGGUACAUUUGCCUUGAGAAGAAGAAGAGGAAGAAGAAAAAAGAUGGGUUUCUGGACACUGUUUGAGGUGGCAUCGAUGCCAAUUUUGCAAGUUCUGCUGAUCAGUGGGUUGGGAGCUUUCAUGGCGACUGAAUAUUGCGGUCUUCUCACUGCAGAUGCGAGGAAGUCCUUGAACAAGAUAGUGUUCAUGGUGUUCACUCCAUCUCUGAUGUUUGCCGGUCUGGCGAGGACCGUCACCUUCCAGGACAUUAUCUCAUGGUGGUUCAUGCCAGUGAACAUUGCCUUCACCUUCUUGAUCGGAGGGAUGCUUGGAUGGAUUGUCGUGAAAUUACUCAAGCCCAAGCCAUAUCUAGAGGGCCUGGUGAUUGCUACAUGUGCAUCAGGAAACCUGGGAAAUCUUCUGCUGAUAAUUGUGCCGGCAAUCUGUAAUGAAGACAACAGUCCCUUCGGGGAUAAGAGUGCCUGCAGCUCUGUCGGACUCUCCUAUGCGUCAUUCUCCAUGGCGCUUGGAGGUUUCUUCAUUUGGACUUAUACUUACCAAUUGGUUCGAUCUUCCUCGGUCAAAUACAAAGAGCUUCAAGCAGUGGAUGAUUUCUCAAAGCAGCCCAAUAAGGACUUGGACUCUAAUGAGAGCACACGCCUGCUCAAAGGAGAAAAUCAAGAGCCAGUAGCAAUAAGUGUGCAUUCCACAAAAACUGUUGAAGAUGUAGAAGACCAAGCUGUUAUAUCUCAAGAAUCAAGUGGCAAGUCCGAAAAAGAGUCAGCGACACUCUGGGGUAAAUUCGUAGGAUUUCUUCACAAAAUCUUGGAGGAGUUGCUGGCACCUGCAACCCUUGCUGCUAUAUUGGGAUUCAUCUUCGGGGCCAUUUCGUGGCUGAGGAAGCUCAUUAUAGGCGACAGUGCUCCGCUGAGGGUGAUCCAAGAUUCCAUCAAAUUACUGGGUGAUGGAACUAUACCUUGCAUUACCCUCAUUCUUGGAGGCAACCUCACUCAAGGCCUGCGCACUUCGAGAAUCAGACCCUGGGUCAUCCUUGGCGUUUUAUCUGUUCGGUACAUCAUAUCACCAGCGAUUGGCAUUGGGGUUGUCAAAGCAGCAAACAGUCUCGGCUUCCUCCCGCCAGACCCACUCUACCAUUACGUGCUAAUGGUCCAAUUCACACUGCCUCCGGCCAUGAAUAUUGGGACUAUGACCCAGCUGUUUAACGUUGGUCAAGAGGAGUGUUCAGUUCUCUUCCUGUGGACAUACUUGGCUGCAGCACUAGCGCUCACUUUCUGGUCGACUGUGUAUAUGUGGAUCUUGUCCUGAGAAUUCUUCAGCUCAUGCAGGGUCAACCCAAGUGGCGCAUUGAAUCGUUAGGGCAGGCAGUAAUACAUUGUCGGGCCAAUGUAAUCUAUUAUUUUAUUUAGGGUAUGCGCUUUCUACCGAUUAUUGCUUGUAAUCAGUAGCUAAAUUCGUCAUCCUUUGCUUCUCGCUGUAACCUAGGGAGAAAAUAGGUUUUAAGUAGGCCAUUCAUAGAAUGGUUAUUUUUUGCCAUAUUCUUUGCUGUGGGAAGGUACUUAUUAGUGAUGAAACAUGGUAAUCACUUGUCUGCAUUUUUACUUA